GACUUGUUUAACCCAAUCUGGAAGACAAAGCAAUUGUGCAAAACAAGUCAUCAACAACCUUAGCCUUGCAGAGAAGAGAAACAUUCACAUAACAAAAAUUAAAUUUUAUUGGGUUAAAGAAGAGCGAUUUAUGUAUAACUAAAUAACCAAAAAUUGAUUCUUUAAAUUUUAUUGGAGUAAUUUUAAUUCUUUAGUUUGGAUAAAUAAAAUCCGACAAAAAGGCGAGUUUAAGGAAUUUGAUUAGUUGUUUGGUUAGCCGCGCUUUUCUUAGAAAACACUCUUGAAAUUCUCAACGGAUGCGUAUUUAAUGAAGAGAUUCUCUUCUUGCUGCUUCGUCAGUCGUGCUUUCAACAAUUCAAAUCGCAGGCUCAAAAGACAUUCUCAGAGAUCUAAAGAUACCAUGGGCAACAACACACAGCCGAAUACUGGCAUUAAUGAGAUUAUGAACCAAAACGUUACCAGUUUGAGUGGUGAUGCUGCUGACAAUAUUAUUAUAAACCAUGAUUUCUCUCGGGGCCUGCACUCUUGGCACCCAAAUGGCUGUGAUGGUUUUGUGAUUUCAGCAAAAUCAUGCUUCUUGCCAAAGUCGGGCAGCAAUUAUGCAGUCGUUUCAAAUCGAAAAGAAAGCUGGCAGGGCUUGGAGCAAGAUAUCACAAGCAGUGUUGCGCCAUGUUCCAGUUAUUCAGUUUCUGCAUUUGUUGGAGUUUCAGGGCCUUUUGAGGGACCUUCUGAUAUCCUUGCAACUUUGAAAUUGGAAUACCAAGAUUCACCGACUGACUAUUUGUUCAUCGGAAAAACUUCUGCGUCAAAGGAGAGAUGGGAAAAGUUGGAAGGUAGAUUCUCACUGUCAACCAUGCCCAACCGAGUUGUCUUUUACUUGGAAGGUCCUUUACCUGGAGUGGACUUGCUUAUUGAUUCAGUAGUGAUUACCUGCUCGAGUCGAAACGACUUCAAUAAUACGAGAACCAGAUGCGACAAUGGUGGAGAUGGAGACCAGAAUAUCAUCCUAAAUCCAAAAUUUGAGGAUGGCCUAAGUAACUGGUCUGGAAGAGGCUGCAAGGUUGUAGUUCAUGACUCUAUGGCGGAUGGAAAAAUUGUCCCAAUGUCUGGAAAAGUUUUUGCAUCUGCAACUGAACGCACCCAGAACUGGAACGGAAUUCAGCAGGAGAUAACUGCAAGGGUGCAGAGAAAGCUUGCUUAUGAGGUCAUUGCUGUUGUUAGGAUAUAUGGCAACAGUGUUACUAGUGCUGAUGUAAGGGCUACUUUAUGGGUCCAAACACCAGAUCUCCGAGAACAGUACAUAGGCAUUGCCAAUAUGCAGGCUACAGACAAGGACUGGGUUCAGUUGCAGGGGAAGUUCCUUCUUAAUGGUUCUGCUAAAAGAGUAGUGAUUUACUUAGAAGGUCCACCUGCAGGCACCGAUAUUCUUGUCAAUAGUUUUGUUGUAAAGCAUGCAGAAAAAAUCCCUCCUUCACCUGCUCCUGUAAUUGAGAAUCCCGCUUAUGGAAUUAACGCGAUUCAGAAUUCCAAUCUGAGUGAUGGAACCAGUGGGUGGUUCCCUCUUGGUAAUUGCACUCUCAGUGUUGCAACUGGUUCGCCGCACAUACUUCCUCCAAUGGCAAGGGAAUCCCUUGGUCCUCAUGAACCUUUAAGCGGUCGUUACAUCCUUGUUGCUAAACGUACACAGACUUGGAUGGGCCCUGCACAGAUUAUCACAGAUAAAAUCAAACUCUUUCUGACAUACCAAGUUUCUGCAUGGGUUAAGAUUGGUUCUGGAGCAACUGGUCCUCAAAAUGUGAAUGUUGCACUUGGAGUGGAUAAUCAGUGGGUGAAUGGAGGACAAGCUGAGAUUAAUGAUGACAGGUGGCAUGAAAUUGGCGGAUCCUUCAGAAUUGAGAAGCAACCAUCUAAGAUAAUGGUUUAUGUCCAAGGUCCUGCUCCCGGUGUUGACUUCAUGCUCGCGGGACUUCAGAUUUUUCCCGUUGACCGAGAGGCAAGACUCAAACAUUUGAGAAGGCAAACUGACAAGAUUCGCAAGCGCGAUGUCACCCUGAAAUUCUCAGGUCACUCACAGAGUCUACUUGGUACCUUUGUUAAAGUAAAACAAACACAAAACAGUUUCCCGUUCGGUUCAUGCAUUAGCAGGACCAACAUAGAUAAUGAAGAUUUUGUCAACUUCUUUGUGAAAAAUUUCAACUGGGCUGUGUUUGGAAAUGAGUUGAAAUGGUAUUGGACAGAAUCACAGCAAGGAAACUUCAACUACAAGGACGCGGAUGAGAUGUUAGAUUUCUGUACACAAAACAAAAUCGAAACACGCGGUCACUGUAUCUUCUGGGAAGUGGAAGGCACUGUCCAGCCAUGGCUUAAAGCUCUAAACAAAAGUGACUUGGCGAUAGCUGUUCAAAAUCGUUUAACAGGACUUCUCAACCGCUACAACGGAAAAUUCAGGCAUUAUGAUGUGAACAACGAGAUGCUGCAUGGAUCAUUCUACCAAGACCGGUUGGGUAAGGAUAUCCGAGCAAACAUGUUUAAGACUGCAAAUCAGCUAGAUUCGUCCGCUAUCCUCUUUGUGAAUGAUUAUCACGUCGAGGACGGAGACGACACAAGAUCAUCUCCAGAAAAGUACAUAGAGCAGAUUUUGGAUUUGCAGGAACAAGGAGCUCCAGUUGGAGGAAUCGGAAUCCAAGGACAUAUAGAUAGUCCGGUGGGGCCUAUUGUUUGUUCUGCUCUCGAUAAACUCGGUAUUCUCGGCCUUCCAAUCUGGUUUACAGAGCUGGAUGUAUCUUCCAUUAAUGAACAUGUUAGAGGUGACGAUUUGGAAGUUAUGCUUCGAGAAGCCUUCGCUCAUCCCGCCGUUGAAGGAAUUAUGAUGUGGGGAUUUUGGGAGUUGUUCAUGAGCCGAGACAACUCUCAUUUGGUUGAUGCAGAAGGUGAGCUCAAUGAAGCUGGUAAAAGAUACCUUGCGCUUAAAGACGAGUGGCUGACACGCGCGCACGGUCAUAUUAACGAGCAGGGAGAGCUGACAUUUAGAGGGUUUCAAGGUACAUAUACACUGGAAAUCAAUGUUUUGUCCAAGAAGAUUAGAAAAACAUUUGUUGUCGAUAAGGGUGACUCUCCUCUUGAGAUAACUAUUGACUUGCACUAAAAGGCACUGCUUGCUUGUUCGUUCCAGUGAUUUUAUAAGUCAAAAGCUUGUGUUUUAAAAACUUUAUUCCUUUUCAAAAAAAAAAAAAAAAACUUUAUUCUGUAAAUAAUUGAAAAGUGCUCCCUGGCCCUGUUUGAUCAACUAGGAUCUUGAUUCAUCAUUUACAUUGUAUACGCACCUAAGGUCCUAAACAAAGAUACAAUUUGUUGUU